AAACUAAUCGUAAGGCUAAAAUAAAGAAAGCAUAUGAAAAGAGCAUCUCCGCUCCUCCAAAACACAAAAACAUAACACCUCCAAAAAAUAAAAAAAUAUCAUUUUCAACAAGUUCUCGAACAGUAUUAUCUUCUAAUAAUACAACCAAUAAUAAUAACCUUCAACAAUCUUUAUCAGAUGAAAAUUCAUCUUCUACUGAAUCAUCCGAUGAAAGUAGUUUACUAUUAAUCAAUAGUAGAGAAUUUCAGUCUGCACCACCUAUUAAUGAAAUCAUAGAUAAUAAUAAUAAUAAUACUCAACAAUCUUUUAAUACAAUUAAAGAUAAUAAUACUCAACAAUAUUCUGGUGAAAAUAUAAUCGAAGUUGAUGAUAAUAAUGAUACUCAACAAUCUUCUGCUCUAGAAUGUCCAAGUGCUCUUUCCUCUUAUGCAAGCAGUAAUGAGAUGUAG